AACAGCAGACUGCAAACAGCCAGCAUUGUAACCCCCUGGUUAACCCUGAUCCUGUGUAACAAUCUCCCGUUUCCCAUCUUAGCAGAUCUAUAACAUCUUAUAUAUAUAUAUAUAUAUCCCCCAUCACUCCAUCUCCCACCAUGCCCCUCCACAUAGCCAACCUCGGCUCCUCCUUCGCUGCCGGCCCCAGCAUCCCGCCGUGCGUAGACGACGCGGCGGGGCGCUCCGGCGCAAACUUCGCGUGUCUGGUAGCCAAGCGCGCCGGCGCCCAGCUCACGGACUUGACGGUCUCCGGCGCCGUCCUGCCUAACAUAACCACGGAGCCGCAAGAUCGCGGCGGCCGCCUGUUCCCGCCGCAGAUCCAAGGGUUGCCUGCCGACGCCGACGUCGUGUUCGUGCUCGGCGGCGGCAACGACAUCGGGUACAUCGGGGGGCUGUUCGAGGACACCCUAAGCGCAUCCUGGCUAGGCGCCUUUGUCAUGCGCGUGCGCGGCACGGGCGGUGCACCCCUCGCCACCACCGUCCUCGACGUCGCAGGGCUGGCGGCUAGGUACGGCGGGGUCCUGGAUGCGAUCCACGAGAAGGCGCCCCGGGCCAAGGUCCUAGUCGUCGAGUACCUAACGAUGCUCGGAACGCACACGCAGGCGGGCACGGACGUGCCCUUCGGCGAGGACAGAGUCGCGCACCACCGCGCCGUGUGCGAGCGGCUCCUAGAAGCGACGGCUAGAGCCGUCCAAGGCCGCGAGGCCUGGGCCGAGCUAGUUUCCGUGGGCGCGGCGAGCGAGGACCAUGCGAUCGGGGCCCCGGAGCCCUGGGUCUCGGGGUUCACGUGGAAGCUGUUCUACGCGGGGGGCGCGUACCAUCCGCGGGCCGAGGGCAUGAAGGCUGUUGCCGAUAUACUGUAUAAGAAGCUAGUCGACCUGGGAAUAGUGGAAGACGGCGAGCUAUGAAGCUGUGGCGGGAAAGGUGGGAAUAAAAUUGACCGGAUUGGGUUGGAUAUGAUUUUAAGGACUUGGACGCGACGGGACGAACCGAUUCUGCUGCGUGGGCAAACGCUGGCUUCUAGAAGACUGCACUACCGUAGAAGACUGCUAUGCUAUCUUGUGUAGGAUAAAAGAGUCUUGUGGUUUUCACAUAACCUAGAUAGCGUUUACGGGAUAUGGACUUAAGGUGAAGCUAAGUCUUUCAUCUAGCGUUUGUUCCUAGACGCAGAGUAUUCAUUCUACUACACUACCUGCUUAUGGAACGCAUGGGACCUCCAAAUAUAAAGGAAUGGGUUUAUGGUGGUCCUAUAUGGGCUCUAUAGAAACGAUUAUAGCCUUAAAUUAUACUAUGAAAGCAUUUAAGGUAGCUUAGCAUGGUAGUCUCAACAACAGCAUCUUCAAGACGAAAGUACGGCAAUGAUGACUACCUAUGUUAGGAUCAUAUAAACUGGUAGCGUGGCAGAACUUAUAUUGUAAAACAACGCAAUAAGCUCCCAUCAUACAUAAUUCACCUAGGUCAAAAUUCAAUCCCCUUUACCGUAACC